CUCAGAUGUCGGCUCGGUCAUGUGAUCAGCUGUGUCCAAUCACAGCUGAUCACAUGGGACAUGUACACUGAUCAUCAGGGCACUGAUGAUCAGUGUGCCCUGAUGAUCAGUGUAGCCCCAGCAGUGCCACCUGUCAAAGUCCAUCAGUGCCAGCUAUCAGUGCCGAUCAGUGCCACGUGCCAGUGCCUAUCAGUGCCACAUCAAUGCCACAUAUCAGUGCAUACCAAUGCACAUCAAUGCCACAUAUCAGUGCCCAUCUGAGCUGCCUUUCAGUGUCAUCCAUCAGUGCCAGUCAGUGCCACCUAGCAAUG